AUGUUACUGAACUACAAGAAACGCAAAACCCAAAUCAGGCUAGCACAACAAGCAUAUCGCGAGCGCAAAGAAUCUACUAUAGCAUCACUAAAUGACCGGAUUCAUCAUUUGGAAGGACUUGUGGAGCAAAUGAGCACAACAUUUCUUUCCUUGAGUGAUGAUCUGGUAAAAUCCGGGGCGUUGGCUCUGGCACCAGAUCUUGCACAGACGAUCCAGCGAUCUACGAAACACUUUCUGUCUCUCACAAACCAGGCAGUUUCAAUCGUGGAUGGAGGCCCUGGGAGGGUGGAAACCGACAGCUAUUUGUUGCCCCCGGACCCAACCUUACACAUUAGGAACGCCUUUGCUAGCGCUGAAGCCAAAGGCAAUCUCGCCGACGGCACCAUUAUUCCCACUCACUACUCUCCACUUCUGUCAUUUCGCAGUGACAAUACCACCACAAGGAAAAGUGUAGAAUCAGGAUUCGUCAAUCGACUUCGCCUUGCCUGUCUUAAAGUCGGAUACAAAUGCCUAACUGAUCCAACUUCUCGUCCCCAGACUAUUGAACAAAGAUUUGGGCUUCCCUUAGGCAAAGUGACACGGCAACGCUUGUCACAUAUUCUUCAAACACUUCUGCAGAAUGGUCUCCACAUCCAUUCUGGUGAGCUGGAAGUCCCUUUCUUUGGUAUUGGUGGUGCCGGGUCGCACUACAUCGAUUACCGGAGGGAUUAUAUCACGGAAAAUAUUAUUGACAGGCAAAAAUCCAUAGAUGCCACUAAUCAGCAGUUCGCUCAUGAGAUGCAGGAUGCUUGGUUCGAUUGUUACGACGUGGAAGGGUAUCUUAAAGAAAGGGGCAUCUUUCCGGUCAAUACUUCCGAGCAUCCGGCAGAAGCCCGACCGUACUCAGCUUCUCGAAGUGAUAAUAAUGGUGAGCUGCAGGACGGCCAGAACUGCCUCACAAUUUCGCAAAAGGCUCAGCAGUACGGGACUACAGCAAAGUUCGUAGAAGAACGAACCCUGAUUCAACAUGCUAUAUUUGUCUUGGACGCUCUCCUGGAUUUCCUCUCCUGGAAGUAG